CAGCAAGCACGUUACGCCACUUCCGGUUUUGCUGUUUACACUCGUAGCAUUCUUCAAGCAUGAGGGCUCUUACAAAUAAAAAUGAUAAUCGAAUUUGCUGUGUACCUCAAUGUACAGUUCAGGCCUAUAAAUGUCCAACGUUGUCCUUCCAUGACAUUCCAAAGGAUGAGCAAAUGAAGAAGCUUUGGCUUGUAAAAAUUCGAAGAGACGAAGGACCACUCUUUCGGAUAGGAAAGUGGACAAAGGUUUGUAGCAGGCACUUUGUGCCAGAAGAUUUUCGCCCUUUAUCCUUAAAAGGAAAGCGAAGGAGACUAAAGCCAGAUGCUGUACCAAGCUUGUUUACAUGGAACAACUUUCAGCGUGGGAAAGAGAGAAAGCAGCCGGCAGUUCGCCAUCCCCUGUCACUAGCAAAUGUCAACACCAAUCAGAGCAAAAAUGGGGAUGCAAAGCCCACAACAGAGCCUGCAACGGCAGAGACAGAGCCUGCAACAGCAGCGGCAGAGUUGUAACAGCAGACAACCCUUCUGUUGAAGAGCAGCUCUCCUUGGCAAAAGAAGAGAAUAAAGUUCUUCAAGAGAGGAUAUGACAAUUAGAAGAUCAUUGGUUAGAACGUUUUUCACAAGAUGAUGGAAAAAUAGAGUUUUAUACCGGAUUUCCAAAUUAUGACACAUUAAAAAUAUUUUAUUAAUUCAGUGAGCCAUGUGCAAAAUUAAUGGACCAGUCAUAUGGCAAAUCAUGUGAUAAACUUUAUAUGAGGCGUGCAAGGGAAACAUGCAGCCAUGAGAUGAGCAUGAGUCCGAGAUGAGGUUUUGACCAUGUGUUAGAACAGAAUAUGUCUUGAAUUUAACAACAUUGUCAAUUGUGGUAGACUCGUGGAUCGAGGACGUGUUGUGAUACAGCUCAAUAAAAAAUCAGCCCUACGUGGCUUAGUCGAUCGGUUUCUUUGUAAAUGUUCGUUUUCUAUAUUUUAGGAAUUAUCACGAACUUGUGUCCCCCGUUUAUUUUUUACUCAUCGCUUAGCCGGUGUCUUCGUAGUGUUCCAUCUGCUAUUCUUUUUUCUAGGAUUGUAUUCGUGGUGUUAUAUAGUAUUUUAGCUUGCUAAUUAAUAUAGCGCACACAGACUGAUUUUUAAUUCAUAUGAACGACUCGUGUAAUGUGCUAUUGACGUUUAGCGAUGCUGAAUGGCCAAUCAUGUACAGAAGUCCAUGACUGAAUCAAGCAAAGUGAUUCAGUCGUUUUGACUACUUAGGUUUCAUUCUUUAUUUCCGCACUACACAGUAAGCACAGUUACAAGAUGUAAUAAAAUACUUAAGUUUAUGAACAUGUACUGUAUAGUUUAAUAUGCACACAAACCUUUCCAGAUGAUGACAAAAUGUCACAUGAUUUGGGUUUUUAAAAGAAUGGUUGUAAAUAAGCAAAAAGUAGACAUGGAGAGAAAAGCACGAAGCAGGAUUUUAAACUGGACAUCAUUACCAACUAAUUCAAAGUAGUAUGUUUGCAAUAACAAAAGUUGACGCAUUUAUAUUUGAAGGCAUUAUAAUCAACCACUUUGAAUGCAAAAUAAAAGUCCUAAAAUAAUAAUAAAAUUUAUUUUUGCUACUA